AUGCGCAUUUCAUGGCGUCUCGGCUCUGGAUACGUCGAGUCAGUGGAUGACUAUAUCGGCGUGUUAGUGCCACUAGAGGAAGCUCAUCUUUACAGCCAAGCGGCUAAAGCGAAGGGCGCCGGCCAUGGGGAAACGCGGGAGGAGGGCGAGAUGGACGAUUUGGAGAUGAAAGAAGAACGCGAGGGCAUGCUUGAAGGUGAUGCUGCUGAGUAUACGGUAGAUGGCCUACGCAAAGAAAUGAGAGAAGGGCGACGAGGUCAAUGGACGACAUAUGAGAUCAAAUCAAAGCUCAUGAAUAAGGCAAUUGGAGAUAUCGGUAUGGGCAGUUAUAACUGGCAGUUAUUCGUUCUCUGUGGAUGUGGAUGGUUCGCCGACAACCUUUGGAUGCAGGGAGUGUCACUCUGUCUGCCAUCUCUAUCAGGCGAAUUCGGUGUCGAUGAAAAGACGGUUCGAUACACAACCAGCGCCCUGUUCGUCGGUCUAUCGAUUGGGAGUUUUUUCUGGGGAAUUGGGUCCGAUUUCCUUGGUCGUCGCAUUGCCUUCAACACUACCUUGCUUAUUACCAGUGUCUUUGGCAUCAUGUCCGCUUAUGCCCAAAGCUGGGGCAGUGUUUGCUUCUUCUUCAGUGCCCUUGGUUUCGGCGUCGGCGGCAAUCUUCCUGUUGAUGGUGCUCUCUUCCUGGAAUUCCUCCCUGAUGCUUCCAGCGCUUUGCUCACUCUGCUGUCCGUCUGGUGGCCCUUUGGACAACUUGUCUCAUCUCUGAUUGCAUGGUACUUUAUCGGCAACUGGCCAGUUGAACAGGGUUGGCGAUACUUCAUUGUCACCAUCGGCAUUGUUACUUUCGCCAUGUUUGUUGUCCGAUUCUUCGUCUUUCAUCUCUUCGAGUCACCCAAGUUCCUUCUUAACAAGGGUCGCCAACAUGAAGCAGUGGCUGUCAUUCAUGGUCUGGCAUACCGUAAUGGUACCAAGACGUGGCUUACUUCAGAGCUUCUCGACUUGGUUGCUUGCGAGGAUGGCGAAGAUCUAGCUCAUGUUGCAGAGAAGAAGAUUCCUGCUCCAUCGACUAUUGGUUUCCUCCGUGAGAAGUUCCAGUCAUUUUCUGGAGAGCGCCUGCGACCUCUAUUCCAGAACAAGACCCUUGGCAUGGCAACUUCUUUGAUCUGGUUCUGCUGGGCUACGAUCGGCAUGGGAUAUCCUCUUUUCAAUGCUUUCCUUCCUCAAUACUUUGCUCGUGCACAUAACGAAGCAUCGGAUAACAUGCAGUCCGAAACAGAUACCAUCUCAUCAGACACAUACCGCAACUACGCCAUCGCAUCUGUCAUGGGCGUCCCUGGGUCUCUUCUCGCUGCAUACCUCGUUGAUCACCCGUCCCCAUUCCUCGGUCGUCGAGGAACGCUUGCUAGUUCCACCCUCCUCUCCGCGGUGUUCCUUUUCCUCUUUGUCUUCUACGGCACUACAUCAACUGCCCAACUACUAAUGUCUUGUGUCGAGGCUUUCGCCCAAAACAUCAUGUACGGUGUUCUGUACGCCUUUACGCCUGAAAUAUUCCCUGCUCCUGUUCGAGGCGCUGGCACCGGCGUGGCCAGCUUCCUGAACCGCAUUACUGGCCUCAUGGCACCCAUCAUUGCCGCUACCGUUCCUGGCGAUGGUGCUACUACACCUAUUAUCAUGUCUGCGGUCCUUAUUUUGUCUGCUUUUAUUGGCAUUUGUCUCAUUCCCAUCGAGACAAGAGGUGCCUCACGACUUUGA